AUGGCCGCGGCACCGGAGCAUCCCGAGGGUUUCCUGGCCGCUGACGACGAGAUCUCCGACAGCGAGGUGGAUCUCGAAAGUCUUCAUUCAGAGACCACCAGCGUGAAAAGCUCGAUUCUCGAGUACCGGAUAGAGAAUGGCAGGUCGUAUCAUAAGUACAAGGACGGCAAAUAUGCUUUUCCCAACGAUGACCAAGAAAACGAGCGACUCGAUAUGCAGAGCGAGAUCUGUAAUCUCACCUUCCACGGCAAGAUGGGUUUUGCGCCGCCGGCAGAGGAGGGCGCCAAAGUUGGGCGUAUCCUUGACCUUGGCACAGGAACUGGCCUCUGGGCCAUAGAUUACGGUGAUCAACACCCUGAAACUGAGGUAUUGGGCGUGGAUCUCUCGCCAAUCCAGCCAAGAGACGUCCCGCCAAACGUCCAUUUCGAGGUUGAUGAUGUUGAAGAGGACUGGCUCUACUCGAGACCUUUUGAUUAUAUUCACAUCCGCUUCUUGAAUGGCUCGAUCGCAGAUUGGAAAAAGCUGGUCACCAAGGCCUAUGACAAUCUCGUCCCUGGUGGUUAUUUUGAAAUCCAGGAGAACGAUUUCGUUUUCACGUCAGACGAUGAGACGCUGGCGCCCAAGGCACCCCUCGCUGAGUUCGGCAGACUGGUUCGGGAAGCCGCCGCAAAGUUCGGACGUGCAUUUGUCCCAUGCCCCGAGUUGAAGGACAUCUUGACUGAGGCCGGCUUCGAGGACGUCGUCCUCGACAAGUUCAAGUGGCCAUCUAACCCAUGGCCCAAAGAUCCCUACCACAAGACGAUUGGGCAGUGGAACUAUCACAACUUUGUGGAUGCCGCAGAGGCCCUGGCUUUGGCGCCUCUGACGCGCGCUCACGACUGGACCAAAGAAGAGGUCCAAGUAUUUCUUAUUGACGUCCGAAAGGAUAUGAGAAAUCCCAAAGUCCACUCGUACAUGCCAAUCUACACUAUUGUUGGAAGAAAGCCUUUGAAGGAAGAUUCCCCUGCUGCACCUCAAGCUUAA